CUACUACCUUUGUACCUUGGUCAAGCUAAUACAUCCCUCAAAAAGUCCGAUGUUUACAAAACCUUUAAAGGUGAAGUAUUGGCCCUGCCCACGUGAAAUAAAAUUUGGCAUUUCCCUGAUCUCUCUUGAUUAUCAUUUAUAACAACCAUAAACAGAAUGGAUCAAAUUCUUUAUAUACUGGUACAUAAACAUGGUAAAAGAGAAAAUGUUUGAAAAUCAGCUUACAUGUAUAUGUUUGAAAAUCAUCAUGCAGAUUUUGUAACAUGGACAGAAGUGGAACUCCAUUAUCAGACCAGUAUGAACUUGAUUCAUUAUAUAUGUAUCUAGGAAGGCUGUGAUUUGAAUAGCAGUAAACCCACAAAAACAACCCAGUCUGAACUGGAUUCAUCAUGUGAUAAAGAUAAUCCAGGCAAUUUAAUUCCAAUUAUGAAUUGUGAGAAGAAAAAAGGAUUAAAUAAACUUUCAGCCGAUGACACCAGUAAUGAAAAACAGUCAUCAGAUUGUAGUUCUGUUGCUCAUGUUGCUGAAAAUCUGGUUGCAAAGAUAAAUGAAAGACAAUUUUGUGACACAAAUAUUGAAACUAAUGUUACCUUCCAUCAAAACAAUUUAAAUAAUAAAUUCAUUAACACCAAACAUGCCAAAGACAAUGUUAAAUCAGGGAACUCAAUGGAAACAGGAAGUAAAUUAGAUCACCUAUAUGACAUAAAAGUGAAAGUUGAGAAAGAUGAAGAUUAUCAACCUAAAUUAUUUGAAUGUAGUUCUGAAAAUAAAUAUAACAACUGCAGUGCAAGAGAUAAACUCGCAAUAAAAAUAGAGUGUAAUGAUUGGACCUUGAAUGCCCAUGAUGAUAGCAAUAAUAAAACAGAAAGUGUAGAGAACAUCACAAAUAAUGUUGUCCUACAAAAUCCAUUUGAAAAGGCCAUUGCCGUCAACUUAAACAAAGUGAGACAGGAAGUUAAGGAUGACAGAAGAGCUUCAGUAGAGAAGCAAGUAGACAGGCAUACAGUAGAAGAGACAAUUCGUAUAAAUGAUAUCAAGCAGGAGGUUCAUGAUGUGAUCAGGAGUUUUAAUGAGCAGACAGAUGAACAGGCAGGAAAUGAUGGGGAUGAAGGAAGUGAAGAACAAAUCCAUAUGUACAUUCAAGAUAACAGUCCCUUGAAGAAAAAAUGGUUACAGAAAAAUGGCAAAAAGAAAGUGGAAUGUGGAGUUUGCCACAAAUUAUUCAGUGCAAAAUAUAUCUACAUUCAUCGGAAAAUACACAAAGAUGACAUGUAUAUAUGUACUUAUUGCGGAAAGGGAUUUAAGAUAAAGGGCAGUUUAAACUGUCAUGUAAAAAUACACACUGGCGAUAAUCCUCACAAAUGUGAUCAAUGUGGUAAAAUGUACAGACGGUCAGACCUUCUCAAGACACACAUGAUUCAACAUUCGGGUUACUCACCACAUAAAUGUGAUGUGUGUGGGAAAUGCUUCACAUUAAAAAGUAGAUUAAAAAGACAUCUUAUAAUACAUUCUGUUGAGAAGCCAUUUAAAUGUAGCAUGUGUGACCAGGGUUUUACACAGAGACAUCACAUGACCGAGCACAUGAUUACACACACUGGGGUCAAAAAGUUCUGUUGUAACUUCUGCGGGAAAAAUUUUGGAAUAAAAAGUACACUUACGAAACAUCUCAGAAUACAUGAUGAUGAUCGACAAUAUAAGUGUAGAAUAUGUGGAAAAGGUUUCAUAACUAGUUUUAAUUUGAAAGUACACGAAAGAAUUCAUAGCGGCGAAAAACCUUACAGUUGUGUCAUCUGCUUUAAAAGAUUUUCCAACAGUUGCUACCUUAAUGAACAUCUUACUGUUCAUACCAAAGAAAAACGUCAUAGAUGCCAGGAAUGUGGCAAGUCAUUUUCAACUUCAUCAAAAGUUACAAGACAUAUGUUAACACAUACUGGUCAAAAGCCAUUCAUUUGUCACAUUUGCGGUGGAAGGUACAGUCAGAAAGGUCACUUGACGGAACAUGAACGAACUCAUACCAAUAAUUACCCUUAUAGAUGUAGUAAAUGUGAUCAAGGAUUUGUGUCGAAAAGUAAGUUAGCCGCUCAUGAAAUGAAACAUUUAACUUCAAGUGCAUACAAGUGUACAAUUUGUGGAGAUAUUUUCAGCACUAAAGACAACAAACUAAUCCACUUGAGAAAAGAUCAUGCAGAUGAAUAUAAAUUUAGCUGCACUCAAUGUCUAGAAGUCUAUAGACAUGAAAAACAAUUUGAACAACAUAUGAGAUCUCAUUUAGGUAUAAAGCCUUAUAAAUGUGAAAUAUGCAACAAGCACUUUACACAGACAAGUAGCUUGAACCUCCAUUUGAAAAUACACACAGGAGAGAAAAAGUUUUCUUGUGAAAUAUGUGAUAAAUUAUUUAGGACUAAACAUGGUUUAAGAAAACAUUCCCUGACCCACACAAGGGUCAAAGACCCUGGUGAAGAAUGUGAAACCUGUGGUAUAAUGUUCAGAAAUGAACAAGCUUUACAAUGUCACAUGCACACCCAUAAUAAAGGUUAUGCUAACUCCACACAUAAAUAAAAUUUCUGAGGAGAAAGUCCAAUAGUGGAAAAAAAUCUUUCCAGGAAAAAUCACAUGGCAAU